GAAGAGAAAACGUUUGGGACGUAGAAGUUCUCCGUUUCAUAUGUUUCCGUUAAGCUAGUGACGUGUCUUUAAUUUAAUUAGGAGGUGUUUUUUUAUGAGGUGUCGUUCUAUUAUUGGAUGGGGAUACCAGCUGACGUGGUAUCCCCGUUGUAUGGUAUACUUUCUCCACUUUCAGCCUUUUCUCUCUCAUCUCUCUCAUCUUCCUCCAACAGCCAACGAUUACAUCCCCAAAACCAGCCGGCUACCACAAGCCGACCAUCAUGCCCCUACCACGCCUACGCCCUGCCUUGCUCAGCCCAAACCCUCUACAUCAAUCUCCAGCUCUGCGCUCCUGCUCUCUGCGCCCAAUCCCUGCCCUGCAUCGAGCCCUGCCUUGCACACUUCUACUCCCUCUCCUCUGCGCCUCACUGCCGGCCAUCAUGCUCCUGCACCAGACCACGUGCCUUCCGCGCCUCCUGCACUCUGCGCCUCACUACCAGCAAUGAUGCCCCUACACGCCCGAGCCAUCAUCAGCAUUCCACGCCCCUGCCUCCAUGCACACCGUGCCUUACCCCCAAUCCCGCGCCUCUGCACUCCUGAUUGCUGCAGCCCCAUCAUCGCCUCACAUGCAAAAGAGACAAGGAGUACCGGACAAAUUGGCAUCAUUGAUUGACAGAGCAAGGCCCCUGUUUUUUUGUUGCAUUUUAUUUUUAUUUUUAUCAUUUUGGGUGUAUAUAUAGAGCGAGAGGCAGAGGUCUUCAGGAGGGCCUGGAGGUGGGGGGAGUUUGGAGUUUGAUUGUGGGUUAUUUUUUGAUUUUAGGACUGGUUUGGGAGUUCUCCUUUUUGGUGAGCUCUGUCUCCGUCACUGGUGUUGAAAGGCUGGUUCGAGAGUGCAGAUUUGGGAGAGUGCAACAGCGGCUUAAGGAAAAAGGGAAACGUUUUUGGGUGUGCCUUAGGUAAUUUCUGAACAGAGGAAUUUUUGGGAAGAGCCGUGAGGGAGAAGAAGGGAGCUUGAUCCCGUGGGUGGGAUCCCUCCCUUCAGAUCUCAAUCUGCUUUUAUUUCUAAAAAUUUCACCUUGUUUGAUUCUAAUUGUCAUAGAGUUUUACUUUAUUAAAAUUGUACUAGAUGAUGAUAUUGCGAAUGAAAUCAAGCAUGUUUG